CUGCAAAGCUGUCGUUUUCUUCUAAGUCCACAAAAGUAAAUGAAGAAUUGCGUACACAUGCAAUCGUCUAUAUAUAUCCUCAUUACAUUUCUGGGUGUGAAUCUGUCUUAAGCUCUUUUUUUUUUAAUCAUUCCUCGUUUCUUCUCAACUUUGAAGCUUUCUGCUGAAGUUCUCCCCUCUCUUCUGUUGAGAAAUUGUGUCGGUUUUGAUGGCGGUAAAGAAGGACGAAUCUGUUGAAGGUAGUCUACCUGGUGAAUUGAUGCAGUUAGUGUUAUCUAUAGCUUCAAAAUGGGGGGAUGAUGACACAGAUCCAGAUACCAUAAAUGUUGAGCUAAUGAGUGGUGCCAUGACUAAUGCGGUUUUCCAGAUUAGUUGGCCAGCAAAGACAGAAAAGGUAACCCGGAGAGUUCUAGGUCGGGUUUAUGGUGUAGGAGUUGAACAUUUCUUUGACAGGGUUGAUGAAAUCCGGACCUUUGAGUUUCUGUCAAGUAAAGGCCAUGGACCCAAGCUUCUUGGGAAGUCCGCAGAAGGGCGUAUUGAACAGUUCAUUGAAGCCAGGACACUAUCAGCUGAUGAUCUACGCGAUCCAGAAGUCUCUACUCUAAUCGCGGGAAAAUUGAGGCAGUUUCAUAGCAUUGUCAUUCCUGGUACUACAAAGGAAGUUGUUCUUUGGAACAGGCUGAGAAAAUGGCUAGAGAAGGCGAAGCGUUUGUGCUCCACUGAACAGACAACGGAGUUCCGUUUAGGUGAUCUUGAAAAUGAAAUCAGUUUAUUAGAAAAGGAGCUGUCGAGGGAGCCACCAGAGAUCGGUUUCUGUCACAAUGACCUGCAGUAUGGGAACAUUAUGAUUGAGAAUACGGCUAGAUUGAUUACUUUUAUUGACUAUGAGUAUGCCACUUACAACCCAAUUGCAUAUGACUUUGCUAAUCACUUCUGCGAAAUGGCAGCAAAUUAUCACACCCAUACUCCUCAUGUCUUGGACUACAGUAGGUACCCUGGUUCAGAAGAACGCCAUAGAUUCAUAAGUUCCUAUCUGAGUUCUUCAGGCAACCAUCCCAGUGAUGAGGAGGUAGAGAAGCUUGCUGUUUACGCAGAAAAGUAUACUCUUGCAAACCACUUGUUUUGGGGAUUAUGGGGAGCCAUCUCGGCUAAUGUGAACACUAUUGACUUCAAGUACCUGGAAUAUUCAAGGCAAAGGUUUGAACAAUACUGGUUGAGAAAGCCCGAGCUCUUGGGAAUCUCAGGCGACGACCUUUGAACCAAGUAGUCAGCAAAAGGGAUAGCAUUACGUUUCAUCACACUUUCUUGAGGUCACACUACGAGUUACUAGUAGAGAGAUUCUGGCCCUAGAGAAGCAUAAGUGGUUGU